AUGGUAGAUAAAGAAGAGCUGUGUACUCUUGAACUCCACCACUUUGGUAUGUUGGAGAAUGGCAUGUAUAAGGGAGGCAAAGUAUGCUAUGUUGACAACUGUAUUCAUGACUAUCUGUCAUUAUUGGAUUUAAAGAAAAUUGGAAUAGAUCUUGGAUACAAAGUUGAUAUAACACAAAGGGUUACAAGCUUAAAAGUUUACCAUAAGGGGCCUGCAAAAAGUGGUAUUGGUGUGUUGUAUUACCAUGAUCCUACUCAUAACAACGAGCUAGAGAGUGAAGAUAAAAGGCAACAACAGCAAAGUGAAGAUAUUGGCAAUGAAGAUGAAUAUGAGGAGGAAGAGGAGGAAGAGGAGGAAAAAGAGGAUGUUAUUGUUGAUAGUGAUUAUGAAUUAAGUGAAGAAGAAGAAAAUGGUAAUAAAGGGGCUGCAUCAAGAGCACAACCAAGGAAUGAUGCACCAACUGUUGAAUAUGCACAAUGUUUUGAAGAGAUGAAUGAAAUGCCUACUAAUGAAGCUACAAGGGAGAUAUCAGAUGAUGAUGAAGAUAGUGAUCGACUUCCUUCUGAUGGUGAUGGCUCUGGUGAUGAGGAAGAUGGUCAAAAAAAGACAAGCAAGAGGAAAUGGAAGAAGACAAAUUUUAAACAGUUUAGGAAAGAAAUUGAUUUGAGAAAUCUAGAGUUUAGAAUUGGAAUGCAAUUUGCCAAUAAGGAUGAACUCAAGAAAGCUAUUAGGGAGUAUGCAAUUGUGCAAGGGAGGAAUGUUAAAUUGCUGAAGAAUGAUAAUAAAAGGAUUCAAGCAAAGUGUGCAGGUCACACGAAAUGCCCUUUUAUUCUGUUUGCUUGCAAGAUAGACAGAGAUGAGCAGACAUUUGCCAUAAAGACUCUGUCCUUGGAGCAUAAGUGUACUAGAGUGGACAAACUGAAAUAUACUAAUUCAAAGUGGCUGUCCAAAAGAGCAAAGAACUUGUCCAAGGUGAUCAUUGAAGGCAGCUAUGUGGAGCAAUAUGCGAGGCUAUGGGACUAUGCAGAAGAAUUGAAGAAGGCUAACAAGGGCAGCACUGUGAUUAUAAAGAAUAAGAUGAAGGGUAAUGUACCUGUGUUUGAAAGAAUUUAUGUAUGUUUAGAAGCUUGUAAGAGGGGAUUUUUGGCAGGAUGUAGACCUCUCAUUGGUAUAGAUGGCUGCCAUUUAAAGGGACCUUACCCAGGGCAAGUUUUAACAGCUGUUGGUGUUGAUGGGAAAAAUGGAAUGUACCCAGUUGCUUAUGCUGUUGUAGAGGUGGAAUCAAAAAGUAGUUGGAUUUGGUUCCUUGAACUUUUGAUUGAAGACUUAAAACUUGAGAAUAGGAAAGCUUGGGUGUUUAUGAGUGACAAGAAAAAAGGUCCAAUACUUGCAAUUGAGACAUUGCUUCCAACAGCUGAGCACAUAAUGUGUGUUAAGCAUCUCUACAGCAACUUCAGGACAGAGCAUGCUGGCCUUGCGUUGAAAAACAUUCUCUGGGCUGCGGCAAGAGCAACUACCAUUCCCUGGUAUGAAGUAGAAAUGGACAAGAUGAAAGAGCAAGAUGAAGAGGUAUGGAAGUGGGUUAAGAAAAGACCAGCCAAAAAUUGGAGUAGAUCUCAUUUUGAGCCACAUUCUAAGUGUGAUAUGUUGUUGAACAACCUCUGUGAAUCCUUUAACUCUUGCAUUUUAGAUUCAAGAGACAAGUCUAUCUUAAUAUGUCUAGAAAGGAUCAGAGUUUAUAUGAUGUUAAGGAUGGCUAAUAGAAGGAUUGCUGGUAUGGUUUGGAGACAUCCAGUUGGGCCUAGGAUUGUCAAGAUCAUUGAGAAGAACAAGUUGGGAGCUAGUCAAUGCAUUCCUAGAUUAGGAGGUGAGAGCAAAUACCAAGUGAGCCAUAUGUAUGGGGGAGAGUAUGUAGUGGAUCUAAAAGCCAAGACUUGCUCUUGUAGAAGAUGGGAUUUGUGUGGGAUCCCAUGUUCUCAUGCUAUUUCUUGUAUCUUUCAAAAGAAGGCAAAUGUGUUUGACUAUGCACAUGACUGCUAUAAGAAAGAAGCCUACCUGAGUUCAUAUGAACCUAUGGUACACCCAAUACCAUCCAUGGACCAGUGGCAGAGAACUAAUUGGCCUCCAAUUAAACCUCCUCCAUAUAAGAAGCAGCCUGGAAGACCUAAGAAAUCAAGGAACAAAGAACCAGCUGAUGUUGAAGCUGUUCCUAAUCAGCCCAACCAAGGAGCAGUUGAUUCUUCUACAGUCCAAGGGGCAGCUCAGGUUGGAAAUGGGACAACAGAAAUGCCAAAAAAUUUCUCAUCAUCACAACCACUCCCAUCAUCAUCACAGCCAGUCUCUUACACUGGAGCUACAUCAUCAUCAUCAUCACAACCACCCAAGUCUCCUGCCAAGAGAGUGAAGUCUCCUGCCAAGAGAUUCAAGUCUAUUGCCAAGAAGCUUAAACCAUGGAUGUUUUGA